GCAGUCGCAUCGCUAGAUGGUUAAUUGAGGAAGUGAAGAAACGUUUCGGCAACCAGAUCAUCUGUCGAAAAAUUAUUUUAAUCUGUCUUGUUUACAAUUGACCACACGUUUUUUUUUCUUAUUCAACCAUUCCAAUCAAAUUCUAUCCUAGUUGAUUCGUAUUGAUCUGUCAUCCACAUUUCAUUUACCUACUUGAUCUAAUUUGUCAAACUAUUGAUUUUAAUUCUUUGACACAUCAGCCAAAGUGUAACUUCAGUAAACUUUCGUAGCCGUAAAUCCCUGUUUGCCAUAUCGAGGUGAUCGUAGGUCAGGCUAUAUGUGAAAAAAAAAUGGCAGCAGAAAUCAAACCAGUUCCUGUUCUUGCAACAUCAGCUACAGCUACUAGAUCAAACCAGAAGAAACCUAUAUUGAUGCACAAGAUUGAAGGUUAUGAAGAAACUGUCAAUCAAGCUGUCAUUCUCCCUGGAGAGGAUGGUGUUAUUGCUGUGUGUGAUGAUAGGUCUGUGAGAGUUUGGCUAAAACGUGACUCAGGCCAGUUUUGGCCAAGCAUAUGUCAUUAUAUGCCAUCAGGUGCCACAUCUGUCUGUUUUACUAAACAAGUCUGGAGGGUGUUUGUUGGUCAAGAAAAUGGCACAAUUUCAGAGUUUAUACUUGCCGAGGAUUAUAAUUCGCUUACACACAAGCGGGACUAUUUGUCACAUCACGCCCGGGUUACCCAAGUGCAUCACGCAUCCACACCAUCUUGGAUACUUAGUGUGGGCCGUGAUAAAUGGUUCCAGUACUAUUGCGCAAUAUCAGGCAAACGCCUCGGUGGUCAUAUUUGCCCUGCUUGGGCAUACUGCUUAGAAUUCGAUUUUGCCUCCCGACACGUUUUCGUAGGCGACGCCUCUGGUCAGAUUACGAUGUUAAAACUAGAUCCCCAACCAGAUUUAGCUACCAGCAAUACAACAACCGAGCAGCAAGCUGUCGGUGUACAGCAAAUUACCGUCUUUAAAGGCCAUUCAGGUCCAGUACGUUCUUUAGCCUGGGAUGCUGGCCAUCAAUUUCUGUUUUCUGGCAGCGAAGAUAAAGGUAUAAUUGCCUGGGAUAUUGGCGGCCAGCAAGGAACGGCUUAUGAGCUUCAAGGGCACAAAAAUAAAGUCAUGUCCGUCUGUUUCUCUCCGACUGGUCGUAAACUGGUUUCUGGCGGAGAGGACUCAAUGUUGUGGAUAUGGAACAUGAAAGCCAAACGAACUGAGACUUCAGAAUGGACUGAAUCCAGCACUUGUCAAAGAUGCAGCCGCCCAUUCUUUUGGAAUCUGAGAGGAAUGUUCGAUCAACGUCAAUUAGGUCUUCGGCAACAUCACUGUCGUCAGUGUGGUAGAGCCGUUUGUGAUGACUGUUCGCCACAUCGCUCCGUUUUGCCAGCAAUUGGCUACGAGUACGAGGUGCGAGUUUGCGUUGAGUGCAACAAGAGUCUCACAGAUGCUGAUCGUGUUUCGUUAGCCGUUUGCCAGGAGGCCAAGCAUUCAAUUCUGUGGCUUCAUCUGGAUGAAGAGCGCGCCCGGCUUCUUACCCUGGGCCACGACCGUGUUAUGAAGAUCUGGGAUGUUUCAUCUCUCUUGAAGAACGAUGCUUAAGUAAAGCUCCUCAUAUAUAUCGUAUUGCUGUGAUCGUCUAAUUUCAUCUUCAUUUACCCCAUCUGUGCUACCCUUACAGCUAAAUGUCAUUUUCAUUCAACUACGGUCUGAUAUUGUAUUGUCUUAUCGUGCUCUUCUCUUGUUAUAUUUUGAUAAGAAUUGUGCAUAGUUCAUGUUCGUUUAAAUGCAUAUCCCCAUUCCUUACUGCUGCAUGUUCUACCCUGCAGCUUGCUGCAAUUUUCGUUAGAAAAAUCGAAUAUCCUUCUUUUGUUCCUCCCCAAAUGUGCGCCUUAAGCCCUUCAUGUACAUCCCAAUGUAACUGGAAUAGAAUUCAUAAAUUACAACAGAGAAAAUCCGUUACGGCGAUACACAUA